AUGCAACUGUCAGAACUCGUCGCUGCCGCACUUCAGCUACCCGAUUAUUCCGUAUCGGAAGCGGUUGUUAGUUUUAAUGGAGUGACAACUUUUGAGCUACAGAGCGAUGGAUUGAGUUAUCUUGUGUACUUAGUGAAAGAUGAAAGGGAUGAAGAAGUGGGUUUGACGGAAGCAGCAAAAUUGGCUGCCUUCUUCAACUCGAAAUUCUUCCAUGAAACCAUAACCGAGAACAGUCUACCGAUACCAUGCGGUCGUUUCCUGCAAUCGUUCAGAAUCGAUGAUCAGGGUCUUUCUUAUAUGGUUUUUGUGACUCGAUUCAUUAAAGGAUGGAGAGCACAUCAACUCUCGGAGAAUGAGUUGUGUGUGAUUGCCGAAGCUAUAGCAUCCAUACACGCCAUCAAUACAGCAACGAUGUCAUCGGAGUUCUUACGAGUAAUCGAGGAAAAUCACCUCAACAUUCGAAACUACCAAACCUCGGUUGAACCUCACCUACUGAAGAUUAUGUACGAUGCGAUGCAAGGAGAAUUAGCCCAAUAUUUCUCUCUACCACAAGAGGUUAUGCCAAGGCUAGAAACAGUGGUGGCCAGUGAGGAUGACGAUGAUUGGGCCGCUCCAUCCGAACGUGUCAUCUGUCAUGGACGACUCACAGCACAGAAUUGUUAUUUCAAGGAGAAUUCGGAUUCCUGUGGACAACCUAUUGAACUUGUCGAUGUUACUGAAUGGGAGAACAUUCAUUUCGACGAUGUGGGCUUCGAUUUAUCAAAUCUAAUAAUUUCCUCUGCUGAACCGAGCGUAAGAAGAAAUAAAUAUAUGACGAUCUUCCGCAGCUAUUACUAUGCUCGAGUUGAUCACAGAAAAACAGAUUUUCGACUGGAAGAUUUGAAAAGAUUGUUUCGUAAACAUCAUAAACAAGCAGUUAUACUUGGAAUUGAACCACUUCUCGAAAUUCUCACCUCCUCCGAAUCCGAUCAUGUGAAAAGAGCGCAUUCGUAUCGAUGGGAAAGUGCACUGGAGGACGCGUUUGAUUUCACCACUCACGAAUACAUCAGCGACGAUGAACACUGCCUUUUUGCCAAGUGA